AUGAAUAAAAAGGGAGGAAUAAAAAAAUCUCCUUAUGACCAGUUUAUAGAGACCCGGUCUUACAAUAAAAUUUUUUACAUUAAAAGUGUUUUAGAUAAUACUUUAAGUUCAACAUCCUUCCCCAAAAAUACGACGCAUACUUGGCUAUUUUUUUUCUGA